UUUCCAAACCUUUCUGCGGGACUCGGAUUUCAGCAGCAGGGUCUUAUACGUUAGCUCAUUUACACUAAAGUGAUCCUGUGAUUUGAAAAGACGCGAUUGCACCGUUUAAAAAAAAAUAACACUUGUCAAAAAAAAAAAGAACAGAGAAAAGGGUGAGCAACUCACAAAAAAAAGGUCGCUCACCCCGAAGUGUUUCAUUAUUCAUGUUUACUAAUAACAUCUCUGACGUGCGGAAAAGACAGAAGUCUAAUUACUUUUACUGCACAGGCUGCUGAAAACGACAGAGCGCCCCCUGUUUCGGAAAAAAAAGUAGAAAACUAGGCACUCAGGUCUCGGAAGAAGACAAAUAAAGGAUACUGAAAGGCUAACGCGCAGGAGAGAAAAUGCGGAGUCGGAGUAACUCCGGGGUGAGGCUCGAUGGCUACGCCAGGCUGGUGCAGGACACCAUUCUUUGUCAUCAGAAUGCCGUCACGGGACUGCUCCCGGCCAGCGACGAGCAGCGGGACGCCUGGGUGCGAGACAACGUGUACAGUAUCCUGGCGGUCUGGGGCCUGGGGAUGGCCUACCGCAAGAACGCCGACCGCGACGAGGACAAGGCCAAAGCCUUUGAGCUCGAGCAGAGUGUUGUGAAACUGAUGCAAGGGCUGUUGCAGUGCAUGAUGAGGCAGGUGGGCAAAGUGGAAAAGUUCAAACACACCCAGAGCACAAAGGAUUGCCUCCACGCCAAGUACCACACCGGAACGUGCAGCACCGUUGUGGGCGAUGACCAGUGGGGGCACCUGCAGGUGGAUGCGACGUCCCUGUACCUCCUCUUUCUGGCACAGAUGACUGCAUCAGGUCUACGCAUCAUAUCGAAUUUGGACGAAGUUUCAUUUAUUCAGAACCUUGUGUUUUACAUUGAAGCUGCCUACAAAGUUGCUGAUUACGGGAUGUGGGAGCGUGGCGACAAGACGAACCAGGGGAUCCCCGAACUCAACGGCAGCUCCGUGGGGAUGGCCAAGGCAGCGCUAGAAGCAAUCGAUGAGCUGGACCUGUUUGGGGCCCAUGGAGGACCGACGUCUGUUAUUCACGUUCUGCCCGAUGAGGUGGAGCACUGCCAGUCUAUUCUGUGCUCCAUGUUGCCUAGAGCCUCCACUUCAAAGGAGAUUGACUCAGGACUGCUAUCUGUCAUCUCCUUUCCGGCUUUUGCUGUGGAAGAUGCAGACCUGGUGAACAUCACAAAGAAUGAGAUCAUCACUAAACUGCAGGGUCGUUAUGGCUGCUGCAGAUUUCUCAGAGAUGGCUACAAAACGCCUAAAGAGGACCCCAGUCGUCUGCACUACGACCCUGCUGAGCUAAAACUGUUUGAAAACAUAGAAUGCGAAUGGCCGGUUUUUUGGACAUACCUCAUAUUGGAUGGCAUUUUUAAUGGAGAUCACGUACAGGUACAAGAGUACAGGGAGGCGCUGGAGGGGAUUCUCAUUCGAAAGAAGAACGGCAUCCGUUUGAUACCUGAGCUGUAUGCUGUACCAGCUGACAAGGUGGAGGAGGAAUACCAGAACCCGCACACCGUGGAUCGGGUGGCCAGUGGGAAGCUCCCACACAUGUGGGGCCAGUCUCUGUAUAUCCUGGGCUGCCUUCUGGCUGAGGGAUUUCUGGCGGCGGGAGAGAUUGACCCACUGAACAGAAGAUUCUCAACAUCCUUCAAACCCGACGUUGUCGUGCAAGUGUGCCUGGUGGCAGAGUCCGAGAAGAUCCAGACGCUGCUGCGGAAGAAUGGCUUGGACGUCCAGACGGUGGCAGAUGUCCUCCCUAUCCGCGUCAUGCCAGCCCGCAUCCUCAGCCACAUCUACGUCAAGCUCGGUAAUAACAAGAAACUGCAGUUGAGUGGGCGGCCAUAUAGACACAUUGGAGUUCUGGGAACCUCCAAGCUGUAUAUUAUAAGAAACCGUAUCUACACAUUCACGCCGCAGUUCAUUGACCAACACCACUUCUACCUGGCCCUGGACAAUCACAUGAUUGUGGAGAUGUUGCGCACAGAGCUGGCCUACCUCUCAUCUUGCUGGAGAAUGACCGGACGGCCCACACUCACCUUCCCCAUUACGCACAGCAUGCUCACUGAAGGUGCUGAGAAUAUUGAUCCAGCCAUACUGGCCACCCUCAGAAAAUUGCAAGACGGAUACUUUGGAGGAGCAAGGGUGCAGGCAGGCCAGCUGUCCGGCUUCCUCACCACCUCUUUCCACACACACCUGAGCUUCCUGGACACAGACUGUGAUGAGGCCUUGCUGGAGGAGGACGACGAGUGCGACAGCGUCAGUGGUGAAGAGUACCAAGACAAGGAGGACCCACAGGAGUGCGUCGACACAGAUAACUCAAAAGAUGAGCUGGAUCGAUACAUCGACCAUUUGCUCCAGAGUACAGUUCAGAAGUCCCACCUCCCGUCCAUCUGCCCCCGGCCGGGGCAGCAGCAUGUGUUCAGCGCGGAGCACACCACUCGAGACAUCCUGUCCAUGGUGGCCAAGGCCCAGGGUCUCCAGGUGCCCAAAGUCUCCAUGUAUUUGCCAACUGCUCCAGUCAUGAAUAGACACCGCAAGUCUCUGAACCUUUUGGAAGUACCACAUUCAUACCAUGCCAAGGACCCUAGCUCUGACCUCCACCUGCCCCGUGAUGCCCAUGGAAAUGUGGACUGUGAAUCCCUUAUGGAGCAGCUGAAAGAGUGUCCUACUCUGCAAGACCAGGCAGACAUACUCUACAUCCUCUAUGUCAUAAAGGGCCCGGGCUGGGAUGUGAAGCUGCCAGGGCAGAGUGGGGUGACGGUGCACAGCCUGCUCAACGAGCUCUAUGGCAAGGCUGGCAGCUGUAAGGAAUGGGGCCUGAUCCGCUACAUCUCGGGCAUGCUGCGCAAGAGAGUGGAAGUGCUGGCAGAGGCCUGCACCGAUCUCAUUUCACACCACAAGCAGCUGACAGUGGGUCUGCCUCCGGAGCCCCGGGAGAAGGUCAUAACAGCCCCCCUGCCCCCCGAGGAGCUCAACAGACUGAUCUAUGAAGCUAGUGGGCAGGAUAUCAGCAUUGCUGUCCUCUCUCAGGAGAUCAUUGUUUACCUGGCCAUGUACAUCAGGUCUCAGCCUGCACUGUUCGGAGACAUGCUGAGGCUGAGGAUCGGGCUCAUCAUCCAGGUCAUGGCCACAGAGCUGGCCCGUAGUUUGCACUGCUCGGGUGAAGAGGCUUCUGAAAGUUUAAUGAAUCUGAGCCCUUCUGACAUGAAAAACCUUCUUCAUCAUAUCCUGAGUGGGAAGGAAUUUGGGGUGGAGAGAAGUGUGCGGCCUGUCGAAUCAUCUGCCACCAGCCCAGCCAUAUCAAUCCAUGAACUGGGCCACACUGGAGCAACCAAGACGGAGCGCACAGGGAUCAGCAAACUCAAGAGUGAUAUGAAGCAGCUGGAGGACCCAAGGGCACAGAGUAUCUUUUUCAGUGGUCAUUCCAUUGGCAGCAGUGUAACGUCUCCUCGGUCAACGAGGUGCAGCAGUCCUUCCUCCCCCAGCGGCACCCUCUCUCCCACGGGCGCCGGAGCCCCACACCUGCACUGGGAGGAGCGACAGGGGCAGUGGCUGCGCAGGAGGCGUCUGGACGGGGCCAUUAACCGAGUGCCCAUGGGCUUCUACCAGAAGGUGUGGAAGAUCCUGCAGAAGUGUCAUGGUUUGUCCAUUGAUGGCUAUGUACUGCCUUCUUCAACCACUCGAGAGAUGACGGCGUGUGAGAUCAAGUUUGCGGUGCAUGUGGAGUCAGUACUGAACCACGUCCCCCAGCCGGAGUACAGGCAGCUCCUGGUAGAGGCCAUCCUGGUGCUCACGCUAGUAGCUGACAUGGAGGUUCAGAGCGUUGGAGGUAUCAUCCAUAUCGACCGCAUCGUCCACAUGGCCAACGACCUCUUCCGCCAAGACCAGAAAGCCCUCGGAGCCAGUGAGUUUUUUCUGGAGCAGGAUCCGGCCACUGGAAUUUGCACGUUUUUCUAUGACAGCGCCCCUAGUGGCAGCUAUGGCACCAUGACGUACCUCUCCAAAGCCGUCGCUACCUAUGUGCAGGACUUUCUUCCCAGUACUAGCUGCCUCAUGCAGUGAAAAUAAAGCAUACUUUUUAUUGGUUUUACUGUUUUACUAGAAUAGUGUAAAAUACCAUUCUUUUUAUAGCUUUUAAUCAGGGUGAUACACAGACCAUUAUUAUUUAUUGUUUUGUAAUAUUUUAAUUUAUGAUAUCAAGGUAUGAUCUGUGAUUGCCUUACAAAUUAUUUAAAUACACCUACUUGAAUAAUUGAUACCAGUGUACUUGAAGGUACUGUACCUUUAUGUAAUGAAUUUAAUGUUUUGCUGUGAUAAAUAUUUAUUAACAAUACAGGACGUCUUUAGAGUGAUAGACUUGAAUAUAGAUACAUAUUUUGUUAAGUGUCUAAUAGGUUAAAUAAUACAUUUUUGGUUAACAGGAAGUUCUGUUAGAAUGACAGUUGUGUGAUAAAAUGUAGGCUAGGUUCAACAUUAUUGGCAGAUGAGUUAAGUUUGAUUAUUUUUCUUUUUUUAAUGGAGAAAUACCCGGUUGAAGUUUUUCUUUACUGUGUGUGGUGAGUCACGUCACAUAUGUGAGUAAUACAGUUUCACGAUAGCUAUAAAGGUAACGAAACCGAGACAGUGGAAGGGAUUGAAUACCACAAAUUGAUGUUAUCAGUGAAUUAUGAACAGUUUUUCUGGUUAAUUGGUUCAGUGAUUGCUGGACUUGAGGGGAGUUUAUGUUCUUGGUUAUUCUGAAGGCAGUUUGCAAAAACAAAGUCUGAACGGGGACAAGUUUAUUAUUAAAUCAGAAAGAUGAAUUCUGGCAAUAUUCCUCUCAAAUGUGCAUAAAUGUAUCAGAAUUCAUACUCUUUAGUGUCUCAUGUUACAUUAACUGACUUUUUUUUCAGUAGGAAACAAGUGCCAUUCGUUUUUUAUUUGGUUUAAAAGGGCUAAAAGCACUUGUCUUAGGGACUCCUAUUUAAAAUGUAUUUUGAACAGACAGAUGCUCUUUGGUCAAGUCUUCAUCACUGUCAUGCUCCUCCUCAGUCAUUGUAAACAUAAAAUUCCCUUCAGAGUUUUAAAUUGUAUAAGAAUGUGUUCAGCAUCCUGCCUGACCUUUAAAUAUAGGACAUUGUUUCUCCUCGACACAUUGCAAAGAUCUUUACAAUUAUUCUCACUGUGUUGUUUUUGCUAUCACUACAAAGUUAGAGCAUUAUAAAUUUUCCACUGGUCACAUUAUUUUCUGAUAUUCACAUCAUGAGGUUUUUAUUUUAUUAUGUACUAUAAUUUGAAUCUUUUGCCAUUUAUCUGCCCACGGUGUCCUGUUUAUUGUAGUAGUUAGCUCAUCUCACCUUAUGUCCACUCUUCCUUUGGUAUGAAUUUGAUCUUAUCUUUU